AAGCAUCUUUUAAACGAGACGGCCUUCCUAGGACAAACGGAAACGGAAUGUAACAUGGUUACUAUGACAGCACGCCACUCUUUAACAAGCGCCAGCACUUCGAGUGAGAAGUGAACAAAGUCCCUUUGGUAGGGAAUGUAUGAGACAUUUCCGUUGAAGCAAAGAAUUAUGGGUUAUGAGUGCCCAGGAAGGAUACAUCUCAUGCAUCCUCCGAAUUCCCGUGAAAGAAGGUCGCAUUGCAAGGCAGCAUUCGAAGUGUCCUACUUGCUCUUCUGAAACGAGACAGCCUCGAUGACGUAUGCGGCCUCCGGAGGACGCAUCCUUCCAAAUGAGACACAGCCCACGCUUUUCCAAGUGGAGGCUGGCGUGACCGCAGUCACACACGUAAAUUGGACCUGGCAGACCACAUUCAGACAGCUGACACACUCAUCACAGAGGCUGACUGCUGUCUUCAGAGCACAAAAAAGUGUCCAGUUCUUGGAAAAACUGAGUCCUCAGUCCACCACUUAAGUUGUUGUUUUCAUAGACUACCAGGCUACCAGGGAGGACGCCCACCCUUCCUCCAUCAUGAGCACACGCGGGACCGGCAGGGCUAAUGGGAGCCUACCGCAGACCAAGAUCUGCCAGUUCAAACUGGUGCUGCUGGGAGACAUGGCCGUCGGCAAGUCCAGCCUGGUACUUCGCUUUGUUAAAGGCCAGUUUGAUGAGUUUCAGGAGACCACCAUUGGAGCUGCAUUCCUAGCCCAGUCUGUUUGUCUGGACGACACUACAGUGAAGUUUGAGAUUUGGGACACAGCGGGACAGGAGCGUUACCACAGCUUGGCUCCCAUGUACUACCGUGGAGCCCAGGCGGCCAUUGUAGUGUUUGACAUCACCAAGCCUGAAACAUUUGAGCGAGCAAAAGCUUGGGUGAAAGAAUUGCAGAGGCAGGCCAGUCCCAACAUUGUCAUUGCCCUAGCAGGGAACAAGGCCGACCUAGCUGACAAGAGACUGGUGGAGUAUGAGGAAGCCCAAACAUAUGCAGAAGACACAGGCUUGCUUUUCAUGGAAACAUCUGCCAAGACUGCAAUGAAUGUAAACGAGUUGUUUCUGGCCAUUGCAAAAAAGAUGCCAAAAACAGACACCCAAAACCCCACGCAUGCUGCUCGACAUCGGGGAGUAAACCUGCAGGACCCAGAUGCACAAUCCACACGAAGCUGCUGUGGGAACUAAAGGCCCGUCAACACUCCAUUACGGGAGACCAUUGACACCUUCUCCUUCCCAAAAUCCCACCCUUUACCCUUUCACCUCCCAAGACGGAUAUGGAAAGAGAGAGAGAAAGAAGUAAGAGAAAGAGGUGAGGAAAAUUCCUCAGUGAUGCCAUGAAGAGAUUUUUCCAGGAAGACUUCUGAUGGUUUGAUGGACGGGGCAGAACGCGAACUGGCGAUGUACUCUAUAUCAUAUCUGGCAGUAAAUGUGGAUUCUUCAUUAUUUGUAAGUCGAGAAUAAUUUCAGUCACUGUUCAUUUUGAUUAUGCAAGAACCAGGGUGUCACUUAAAAAGAUAAAGGAUGGAAAAAGAUAAAGGAUGGAGAAAGAGACAUAUGGAACAAUGAAGAAACUAAAUUAACAGGAGAAUUAUAUAUUAUUACGAGAUGGCCCACAAUGUCCCUUAAAACAACCUGACAUUCCAAAACAGCCCAGAAGUCUUCAAGCAAAAUCUACACCAUGUUCUGAGUAACUGUAUGCUCUGAGCUCUCUAAUUCUGGUCCCAACUGUAACACUGGAGGAAAGUAAGCACCUUAACCCUAAACUAAUCACGCAAGUAUCCUUAUAACACUUCAACUGUGAGCACUUGUGAAAGCCACAGCUACUAAAUUUUUAAACUAUGGAAGGAACACUGAAAAAGUUAUUUGUUCAUUCUGAGCUUGUUUUUUAGCCUCCAGCUUUAUUUAUUACCCGUGUUUUAAUCGGUCUCCCUUUUGUAGCUUGUCAUUCAUCCUAGACCCAAAAAGUAUUGGAGAAGAUUAAUGUUGUCUUCCCUACCCCAUUCCUUUUUCCUGACCACAUUGAUUUUCAGUGUUGAAGUUCACAAAACAACAGCAAGCUCUACGAUGCCUUCUCUACGUUAUUGUCGCUUUGUGUAAACUACUGUUUGAGAAACAAUCAACGAAUCAUUUAUAAUGUUUUGGCGCCAGCGAGAUGGUACUGAUCGAAAACCAUUUCGCUUAAUGCAUAAGAUGAGUAAUCGCAGAAUAUCACAUAUUGAUUUGUCUGGAGGCGGAGGUCAUGCAAUAUCAGGCCAAUGUCUUAGUUUGUAUAUUCAAAAGCAACAUAAAUAUUCAAGCACCCACAAAUCAUUUGCUUAGAACGUGAAUGAGUGACCAUCUGACACUAUAUGAUAGGUUGGAAUGGCACAUAGUGUCAAGGGAAAUCUUGUCCACUUUCCCACAAGUCGCAAAGACCCUGAAAAAGUGGAAGAAAACAGAAGUGCCUACUCAAGUUUUUUCCGUGUUUAGGGCUUGUUCGGUGUCCACGCCUAAAAAGUAGAGUUUUUGAGAUGUUGGGUCAAAGUGUUCAGGCAAUAACCUGUAAGAAUAACUAAUUGAGUAUGUUAAAGUGGAGUCAUUAAUGAUGUUUUGUUUUAAGGAUGCUGUUUGUUGUGUAUAAAAAUGAGUUUUAUUUCAAAUUGAUUUUAGUCAGUAAUUAUGGGUUACCAAUACAUUUAUAUGGAUAUAUAGGGAAUUAAUUAGGUAUCAUAAUAAGGUGUCACACAGCUACAAGUCAUUUGUCAUGUGUCUUCAGGUCCACCUUUUUUUGUGGAAAAGAUCUGAUCUCCUGUUAACACCUCUGUGAAUUGAAAUGUUAAAUAAAUCUGUGCUGUUCUGCUACAAAUGAAACAUGACUAGCCUUGAUCUAAACCUGUAGCCUUGUGUCUUGUCACUGUAAUAAUUAGAGAGUACUCUUAAAGAGAUUCACCAAUUAAAAUUCUCAUCAUUUACUCACCCUAAUGCCAUCCCUGAUGUGUAUGCCUUACUUU